AUGAUGCAACUUCUUAAUGUACCUAUAUUCAUUUUGCUUGGGGUUAUACUUAUAAAACAAAAGAUAACAUGUUAUUUAAGUGAAAAUGAUAAUAUUAAACAGUUAAAAUAUAUGAUUGACAAUGAUGAUUUAUAUAAUAAUUUAUUAACAGCAGAAAAGCUAAUAAUAGAAUUUUUCAAACAUGAUGAAUUACAAUUACCCAUAUUAAAACCAGGUGUUUCAGAAUAUCUGAAUAUGUCUAAUUUUACCUUAAUUAAGCAUAAUGCUAAUACAGAAAAUGAAAUUAGUAAGGUAAUACCUAGUGUAAGGGCUGACGCUCAGGAUUUAAUAAAAUAUGAGCAUAUUACGAAACAGCAAUUGGUGCAAACUUAUAACUCAGAAAAAGCUGAUUUAUAUAAGAAAAGAAGUUUACUUUUAAGAUCUUUAAAAAUUGUUAUAUUUUUAUUAAUACCCAUGAAUUCUUAUAGAGAAACAAAAGAUUUAAAAAAAUCACUGAUGAUAUUAAAUGAUAUCUUCAUGGAAAAGGAUGAAAAACAAGAACAAGAGAAUUCUCAAUUAUAUUCUAAAUCAUAUUUUCAAAGUAUUUUAAAUUAUAUUAAUAAUAUAAAGGAAAUAAAUCCAAAAAAAAAUGUAUAUUCAUAUUUAAUAAUAGGUGAUGAUUUGUUAAAAAUACAGAAUUCGAAUGAUUUAUUUUUUACAACAAAUGAUAAUAUUGAUUUCAUGAACAAGUUAGAUAAUUUGUCUGCUCAUUUUGGCAUAUCGAUGUAUAACUUAGUUGGUUCUCAUCUUAUAGCAUUAGGACAUUUGUUUAUCCUAAAGUUAGCUCUUAGUAAAUAUGAUAAAUUUUUUAUACAUGGAAAAUUCAAAUUUUUUAGUUGGGAAAAAUUAUUAAGUUUCAACAUAUCGGACAGGUUUAGGGCACUUGAUUCAAUGUGUAAUGUAGAAGGUAUAUAUGAUGUAGAAGAAAAAAGAAGAAUAAAUUAUUUGAAGGAUAAAAGAAAGUCAGAAUUCGAUGUAUGUAAUAUAUUAGAGUUCUUGGUACACUAUUUUAAUAAAUAUCAAAUGUCUCUCCUUACGAAUGCUUAUCAAGAGGAUUUUAAACCUCUUUUAUUUUUAGAACAUACACAUAUAAAGAGUGAAUUUUUCAAAUUUAUAUGCUCGGAUAUAACUAAUUGUAACAUAUAUAAGAGUAGACAAUUUGCAGUUGAGGAUGAAGACUUAACUAUUUUAAACAGCAGCGAAUCUGAUAAUGAUUCAUUAAACCCAUUCAGCAUAUACACCAACUUUGUGUAUUUUUCAAGAUGUUAUAAUAAGUUCACUCCAAAACAAAUUUUAUAUAUGCACUUUUUAAAUUUAACUGGACUUUUAAAUAAUGAAAGCAUGGCUUAUGUGAGUUCUCUUUACUUACCUGGAUACUUCAAUGCUAUCGAGUUAUCGUUUGACGAAGAAUCUAAUAUCUCAGAUCUGAUUGAUAAUUUACUGCAGUGCGUUGAAAAAUGUAAUUCAUCAGAAAAUAAAUAUAUAGCAUCAGAAGAAAAAGAUAAUACGAAAUUAGAAUAUGAACUGAGUAAAUCUACUAAGUGUAAUAUUUGCUUGGGAGCAUUCACAUAUAUUAACUCGAAACAUGAGGAUACGUCAUCAAUGUUGCAAAAGUUUUAUAUUUACACCACAAAAAUUAUUAACAUAAGUAAUAUAAGUACAUUAAUAAGAAAUAUGAACAUCUAUGAGGAAUAUGAUAAUUUUUUAACAAAUGAUAUAAAUUGGUACACAUUUUUAUUAUUACUUAGACUUGCUUCUUAUAAGGACAUUGCCAAUAAAAAUAUAGGAGAAGCUAUGUAUUUAAAUCUAAAAAAGGAGGACAACUUCAAUAAAACUAUUACUACAAAUUAUUGGUUUCCAUCUCCUUUGAAAAAAGCUUAUACAUUAUAUAUAAGAAGUAACUUAGCUGUUAAUUUAGUAGAAAAAUUAGAGAAAAUGCUAAGUUCUGAUGCCAUAGAGAAAAUGAAAAAAAGUAUUAGAUUCAUGGUUCAUGUAAAUUCCUUUUUACAAUUAGAUUUUUUUCAUAAUCUUAAUGAACCACCAACUGGAGAACAGCGUUUAUAUCCUUUAUCUAUGUUAAUUGAGAACAAAUUUUUAUACUGGUUUUACAAUUCUAGCCUAGGUUUCUUUUUUUUAUGCUAUGAUGACCCAAGUAUAAGAAGACGAAUGCAUGAAAAAGUUCUUUCACAAAGAUUUGAAGCACCUAAAUAUUCUAAUUGGGUUUUACAUAUGAAAAAGUAUAUAGAAAAAGCAUAUGAAUCAUAUUUUAAUCAAAGGCAUGUAAAAAAUUUAUAUAAGGAUUAUAAUGUUUUCAAUAUAAAUAAUAAAAUAAUGCUAAUGAAGGAUUCCUAUGAAAUGUAUGAAAAGAAUUAUAAAGAUCUAAUUUUUUUUGCAGAUAUAUUUAAUUUAAGAAAAUAUUUAACAGCUACACCUAGAGCAAUAAAGCUUACAAAUAAGUUUUAUUAUUAUAUGCAUUCAAUUGCUGGUAACACUUUAAAUUUUUAUAAGUAUGGUAUGAUAUACGGAUUCACAAUAAAUAAAACCUAUUUGAAGGAAUUCAGUAAUGAAUUAUUUUCAAUUUAUAAAAUGAAUAAAAAUAUCUUUUCAGAUAUCUCUUUUUUACAGUCUGUUUAUUUACUCUUUAGAAAAAUUGAAAGUAGUUUUCAUGUACAUAGGAGAAAUGAUAAAAUAAGUUUAAAUAAUUUGUUUUUUUUAAAUGUUUCAAAUAACUAUUCAAAAAUGAGUAAGGAGAAAAGGUUAGAAGAACUCCAUAAUUCCAUGGCAUCUAGAUUCUUUUCAAAAACGUUAUUUUCUACAUUUCAAAUGAUGUUUUCCACAAAAUUAAGUAAUUAUGCAGAUGAGCUUGAUAGAACAUAUGGGAAAGAAGAAAUGCUUGGUUUAACAGUAAAUGAAAAAGCCUUUUUUAAAUUUGCGUAUGUAUAUUAUGGUAGUAUAAUGGAUAACAUAACAAAUAGUCUUUUGCCUCCUUAUGCGAAAAAACCAAUAACACAAUUAAAAUAUGGAAAAACAUUUAUUUUCUCAAACUAUUUUAUUUUAUGUUCUCAAGUGUUUUCAUUAUUAAAUUUAAAUAAUUUAAGUCUUUUAUGUGAAAGUCAAGCAGUAGCUAGUUCUACUUAUUAUUCUUCGAUGAAAAUGGAUCAAUUUGUUGAUAAAAAGUUUGUACCUCUUGUUGUAGGUUUUGCAAUAUUGAGAUUUAACGAUGUAAUGGAUAAUCCCAGUGAAUAUAGUAAUAUAAGAAAUAAUCUAAUUGAUAAGGCAAAACCUAACCAUCCUCUACUUUUCCUUGGUAUACAUAUGGCUACUAAUUUAUUCUUUGAUAGUGCAAGAUUUUUUCCUGUAUCGCUAACUCAUAAAUUAAAUGAACAAACUUCUCAUGUUACAAUUACAAACCCUAAUUUAAAACCACUAACUUUUAGUUUCUCAAAAAUUCUUAUUUUACAACUGAUUAACGGAUUAUCUUGUGUUAUGUUUUUAUUUCCACUUCUUCGAUAUUAUGCUUUUUAUCAGAACUUUUCUUUUUUUUUUAUAAAACCUAUUCGUUUUAUGAACAGAUUUCAUAAUGUAUUUGAACGUUAUGUUAAUAACAUUAUUAAAACUAAUUUUAGAAAAUAUACUACUGACGAAUUAAUAAAGUUUACAGAGAAAACUUUAUUAAAUAUUAAAAAAAGAGGUCUUAUGAAAGAGUCUUUAAAAGCUAGGAUUGAAGCUAAAAAGGUUAAAUAUCAUCCUGUUAUUAAAAAUUUGGAUGGGAAUAUACCUACAUUAACACCACAAGAAUAUGAUCGUUUAACAAAAGCUGAUUACUCUUUUUACGUAGAUGAUAAUUCAUUUUUUGAUGGAAUAGAUAAAAAAGAAAAAUUCUUAAAUGAUAAAGAUUAUUUACGUUCCAAUGAUUUAGAAGAUGUGUCCAGUACAUCAUCAAAGUCUAAUAAACCUCAGAAACAAGAAAACGAAAAAAGUAAUAAAGAAGUAAAAUAUAAAAAAGAAGAAAUGAAAGAAACAAAGAAGCAGCAUCAAGAAAUGAUUGGUAAUGAUAUCUAUAUAAAAGAGCAACACAGAGAUGAUGAUGAAAAUGAACUUUAUGAUAACGAAGGCGUGUUCGAUGAGGUCCUGAUGGUUACAAGAACACCAAACCAACUGAAGUAA